AUGCCACGCCCAUUUUCCGUAGCAUCGCACUACCACGCCCAUCGAAACAGCCCAUCUCCAAGCCUCCAAUUCCCCCAACUCGACCCCAGAGACGAAACCCAGCCCUUGAACUCCAGCUUCUACGGCAGCACAUCGUGCACCCCACGUUCAAGCCCAAGUCCCACACAGACCCAGCAGCAGCAUUGCGACCCAUACACCCAAGAAAAACACGCAGGCGCAGAGCCAGGCGUGAACCCCCUGCACAGCGCCUCCAUCGCCGAAUACAGCCACUUUGUCCAGGCUUGCGUGAUUGAUGUCGUGGAUUAUGACGCGCAGGACGCCAUUUUCAAGAGGAUGCACAAUGAGGAGUUUAUUGGCCUCAUGCGGGAACAGCAUCCUGCUCCUUCUUCGAAAGCCCCCCCUCGACGUGUACGUUGGAUAAAUAUUGGAGGGAUCGAUUGGGGUGUGUUGAGUACCCUCGCACUAAGAUAUAAUUUGCACGCUCUGUCUCUAGAAGACAUACUUCACGAACGAGGACACACGCACUCAAAGGCAGAUUAUUACCCGGGCCACGUCUUCCUCCGCAUUCUCUGUCACUCCCUCCAACGCGGCGAGCCUGCUCCCUGCGAAAAAGACCACCAUGGUUGUCUGGUACACAACUUGAACUACCCUCCUUCGCCUCUCCCAAAAUCUGAACUCGACUUGGAACUUGGCGGUGAUUUCCCAAGAGGGAGGGGCGUUGUAACUUCAAGUCCGGAAAUGCUACCACCCGUCGCUCAGGGAGUCCCGACUGACAAGUUGCCCGACGGCUUUAAGAGGAGGGGCAGAGUCGUCAGUGCAAGUCCGGAAAUGAUCGACCCCGCAGAAGGUGCAAGAAAGAAAGGAAAAGCGCGCAUGCAUCUCAGUAGUGCGAGGCAUGCUCUCCGAAGACGAUUAACGGGUAUGAGUGGGUUCAUGAGUCCUGCGGGGAAUAAGAAGGUUAUACAGAUUAAAGCGCUUACAAAGGGAGAAGGCGUGAAUGUCAAGCAUGAGCCUUUGUUCAUCUUUCUUUUGAGGGAUGGUACGGUAAUUUCGAUACACCCAUCAACAUUGGACUAUACCUCUCCCAUCGCCGAACGACUCACCCAACCCGAUUCGGUUCUGCGAACAUCUGAAGAUGCCUCGCUUUUGGUUCAGAGUCUUCUUGACCUAGUUGUGGACCACAUUCUGGAGGUGAUGGACGAAUACCAACUCAAGAUCCACAACCUCGAACACUCGAUACUGCUCAACCCAGGCAUGGACAGCGUGCGCAGCCUACACAUCCUUUCAGGCGACAUGAUCCUGCACAAACGCACCCUAGACCCAAUCAAAACCAUGAUCUACGGUUUGAGGAGGUACGAUCUAGACAGGAGCGCAGCUAUCGCUUCUGAGAUGGCUUUGGUUUUGGACGAUGAGGAAAAGUGUGGUGGUGACUCUGACCGGGAUCGUGAAUCGGAGUGGGACGAUAUUGGCGCCGGAUUGAAUUUGAAGAAGGGCAAGCAGCACAGGAGGGUGCCGGUGGAGGGUUUCUUUAGUUAUAAGUCAAAGGUGUAUUUGGCGGACGUGUACGACCAUAUGGACUUUGCGUUGACGAGUCUUGACAUGUUCUCUGGAAUUUCGGAGAAUUUGAUUAAUUAUGCUUUUAAUAUGGCGUCGUAUGAGAUGAACAAAGUCAUGAACCGACUAACGCUCGCAACGAUAAUCUUCCUGCCACUCACCCUCUUAACGGGAUACUUUGGAAUGAACUUCGAACCAUUCUGGAGCGUGAACGAAAACUCGGACGCCUUCUUCUGGAAGAUCGCAGUGCCCAUUAUGGCUGCCCUCGUCCCGAUAUUCAUGUUUGAAGAUAUCAAAAAGGCGUUUCAUUACCUACAGAGAAGGAGGAACGUGCAAAAGGUUGUUAGUGAUUUGUUGUUGUAA